AUGACGAUGCUUCGCAAAUCGUCAGUUUGGGCCGCGUUAUGGCUCCUCGGAUGCUGCACUCGCAGCUGUAGUGCUUCUGGAGCACAGGGAUUUGCUGCUGUCGGGGGCGGUCCUUCUAGGAGAGAUCCGCAAGAUGUUGGCGUGGAUUUCCUCACACGGCAGUUUCCGUGGCUCGCCAUGACCGAUACUUCUCCUGUUCGGCAACAAAUCGGACUGGAUACGCGGAACGCCAGGUCCUCCUCCUGUCCAACAACAGGCGAACGCAGUACACCGAGAUUCGGGACACCUGCUGCAGAUAAAAAUCGUCGACGCUCGAGGUCGUUGACGCAGACAAGGACGCAGGACACCAGAACGGCGCCGGUAGUUUUGCCUGGUCAGACGCUACAAGGAGUUGUACCGCGCUCAGGCUCACGUGGUCGUGGGGGUCCGACCAGAAGUAGCACCAGUAGGUGCUCGUCCUCCCGGUCUCGCCUGCAUUCGCGCUCGGCCAGCGCGCAGCGUCGGCCUGCUGAGCAGCAGUCACAACCAGCUUCCAGCUACGCUGCGCAUCCUGAUGGAGAACUGAUGGGAAUGGAACAGCCAGCGGCACCGUCUGAUCAGGGACUGCCGGCAUCAAUGCUUGAUCAUGCACUGGGUGAUCAGGCACUGCGUUUUUCCGCUGCACUGUAUGCUCCCUCUGCACCGCCCCCUCCUGCCGACCCCGGCGCACUGGGACAUGACGGUCUGGUCUCUGACCAGACUGUGGAGCCUUUGCCUGACGGACAGUCUGGGGAAUCUGAGGAGUAUCCCGUGCCCGAGGAAUUGUCGGAAUUCGCUGUUUUACCAGAUGCAACUUAUUGUAAUUUGAAUUUUCAUGAUGUCUGGGUAGGCUUCGCGUGAAGGAGGCGGAAGAAGUGCCGAGCCAGGCAUCGAUCAAGUCAUCGCGUAUGAUUCUUGAAAUAUGUUGCACAAGAUGAAAUUUUCAACUCUUUCUCGUGCAGACUUCGAAAACACUUGCAUUUCUUUGACGGACCUACGAAAAGUUUGACAAGCCUCUGCCCUUCGCAUUGCGCAUGUCAUGAUACUAGCCAAUCUCCCCUCUUCUCGACCACGUAGCAAAGGCAACAUAUCUAUCACAUAUCCUAGAGGGAUUUGUAAUUGAAGCAAGUUGAUGCGGUUCUUGUGGUUGUCCUCAAUUCAGUAAGUUUUCGUCACAGAUCUAUUCGCUUUCUACUUCGCUGUAGACCGCGAGACCCCCCAGACAUGUUUGCACUGCAUACCCGUACGUGAUCGACAACAGUCCCAGCAUGUGGAAGGACGACGACGACGUGCAGGCGAAGGAGGUCGACUACGUGCAGUUCCAGGAGGAUCAAGAACAAGAUCCAGAAAAAUGGUACGAAUCGGAUGUCAUUGGUCUGCGGAUUGAUGUAACGAAACAGUGGAACGUACCCUUUGUGAAACCGUCCCCACGAGCACGACCCCAGACCUGUUUGGGCAAAUCUGCAAGUAGCCUAAAGUGUUUCUGGUGCCUGCUCAUCCCAAUGACCAGCGGUUUCUCAUGCUGUCUGAGAGCUUGCCAUGCUAGAAGCAGAAUGAGAUGGCCGAUUUGUACUAGUGAUGCAGCUUGAUUAGCCCAACAGGCGAACACUGCGAGUCCAAACGUGUCACGCCCGAUAGGAGGAGCCAGACCUUGUUGAUUUGUGUACUACUAGCACAAAGAUCCCCACCAGCUUGACUCUGGGGUGUUUUGUAUACUGGAAAAGACCGAACUAAGGGACAGAGAAACAUCUUAACACUGGGGUAGGGACGAUUUCGCAAAGGAUAGAACGAGCUGCAGUCGAAGGUGGAGCAGAUUGCCCGAUUCAACAUCCUGCGCCGCAUGCCCGCUCUGUAUCUCAUGCUGAAUCGGCGCAAUGAUUCUGAUGAGCAGCCUCAAGGGGGAGCCUCGCAGAGCCCUUCGUUCGGUCAGUGGCAGGAAGACAUAGAUUUCGUCUUCAUCCACGCGUCGGACGAGCACGCCGCUGAAGACGGGCGCAAGCGGCUGCGCAAGAUGCUGCGUGACCAGUACCAAAGCAACCACGGAGAGGGUACGCCGCUUAACGUCAUGACGCGCGCAAUCGCCACUUGGUUGACGGGUGUUAAUGAGAUGAAAGUCAACAACAAGUAUCGCGAAGAGGGUGAACAUCUGAGGCGCACCAACGCCGAUCUCCCGUACGGCCGAGAAGAGUACUCCCUGGACUUCGACAUCGACUUAAGCGACGGCGGACAAAAAAACAACAAACAGGUUUUCGAGUGGCUCGAGGAGCAGGGUCUUAUGACUCCAGUCCAGGAAAAAGAAAUUCGGCGCAGGCAGAAUAAUCGUGUCACUCCGGGACACAUCCCAGUGCGGGACGCCCAUGAAAGACUGCCACGGCAUUUGACUCAACUCCAGCAGGAAAAGAACGUUCCGAAAGCCUUGAUCUUCGGCUCCCCGUUGUUGCAGAACCUACAAACUGACUUGUUCGGCAAUCCGAAUAACCGAGUGAAAACCUGUACGAUUGUGUUUCUCACGGACGGCGAGCCAGAAGAUGGCAUCAAGUAUCUGUACGACGCUGCGAAUCAAAAAAUCGGCAUGGGCAGCUUGGCGCACGUGGGACCGGCCGUUGAUGGCGAUGAUCUCCUCAAGAAAGAACACUCCCUGGAGGAGUUCAAGGAUAGUCUCGUAGCGACGAGCCUGCUGGGACACCGCAGUGGCUUAAAAUUCUUCUUCACGGUGGUGCUUUGUACGGGAAAGGAAGACGUAGUGGAAAACUACAACGAACUUGACACGAAGGUGAAAAAAUUAGGAGAAGGCGCUCAGUUCGCACUGGACGUGGUUGAUGAUUUUUUCUCUGAGUCUAAGGAAGUCCGUGCGAAGAAUCCUUUCCUGGUGUACAGUCUCCACCUGCACAUUGCCCGCAUGGCCGGUUGGAAUGCACCUCACAAUGUCGGAGACAAGCUAGACGAAACACGGUUCAGUCUUCAAAACCCGCAAGAGGACGCGAAGUAUAUGAAGGCGCUUCUGCAAAGCGUGUUCGGAGAAGCCGAGAUGAAGGCGGUGGGCACGCCGGGGACACAAAGAUGGUACGAAAAGCUUCAGGAAGUCAGCAAAAAGGCUCGUCGCGUGUACAAUAUUUUGCCGUACCCAGAGGAACGGGACGCACUCAUGAAUUUCGCACUGCGAUCAACAUUGCACUUUCGCCAGGCCGUCGCCACCGGGGUUUCGUUGGUCCUGCCCACUCCGUCUGUGGAUUCCUUUCUCGCUGCCCAACGCCAAAAGGUGGCCGAAUUUUCCAGGGAGGGGGUUAGCGACUAUGCGGCUAAGUUCCGCAAGGUGUACAUGGACGAGAACAGGCACGUGGACAGCAUGUAUCGUAAUUGAAAGCGCCCCCAACCAACGAUCCAACAAACUAUCUGCGCACCUCGGCGUAGUACUGCGAACAGACUAGGUUUUAUUCGUGUGCCCGCUACUUCUGUACGAGGCAGUCGGCUCGUCCUUUGCAAAAAGAAAACGCGACUCGGACGAGAGCGCUUUCUUUAAUCGCGGUGCUACUUUCUGUCGUCGCAACACAUUCUCGGGGUGGCGGUAGGAUCGUCAUCGUGUGCUGUCAUUUACAAAAGAGACGCAGACUCGUCUGGAACGUGGCCCGCGGGGUAAUCUUUAGCUUGCAUUGCCUCCGCGUCCGCAGUGGUUUCUCUUUGUUGCAAAUUGUUCUUCUCCUUAGCCCGCUACCUUCAAUGAUGGAAGCGUUUAUUUUUGCACUUUCAUCUAUAUGCUUUGCCUAUUAUUGUUUAUUUUUGCCUAUGAUGGAAGCGUUUAUUUUUGCACAUUCUAUUAUUGUUUUUCUAUAUGCCUCUGUCUCGUUCCGCGCCGUCAAGUACUUAUAAUACGGGACGAGAAAUGUACUAGAUAGCGAUACAUAUUGUACUCGUCUAUGACAUCUGUGCGCUGUGACCGCUGCCCGGAAGGGUGCAGCUCACGUUUCUCGCAUUAAGAAGUAGUAAGUCGUGGCUUCGUCAUCGUCUAGGAAUUCGAGCAAGAGCUUACCCCAUACCGACCUGGCGCCACGGGAAGGCACUGGGAUGACUUCAUGUGGGGGGGCUGGCGAACCACAUGCAUGGGCCUUGUUUUUUUCCCGUUUGGCCAGCGGGGCAAACCACAAAAAUCGGUCACGGGUUGAGGGUGUGUUUAGGGAUUUAGGGACCCUAGUGGGUUGACCGCAGCAAAGUGUGAAUAACUUCGCGUUGAUCACGGCGCUCGGUGGCGUUGGGGUGACUGCUUCUUUGCUUUGCGCGAAAGAAGUGGCCGGGCAAAAGCUUGGAGUGGGAAUUUCCACUUCGACUUCGUUAGAGUCAGGGUUUCUGCAGCUCUUGGCUCUUACCCGGAGGCUUUCGAUGGUUUGAUCGGUGGACGGGAUUCGCCUGAACAGUAAGGGUGGGCAGGUGGUAACCCUGGUGGACACCAAACGGCAACGGGUGCUCGUCCGCUACUAAAACGGGCGGCGUUCGGACAUCUGUGACGCGGCUGGCGACUGACCCAGUGCAGACAAUUAACCUUGAGGAAAUUAACACAUCUCUCUGACAGUUCCUGGCUCACCUGAUAGCUUUCCUCCACUAUCAAAGAAGCUUGCCUCACAUUGUUUUUCUAUAUGCCUUGCGUUCGUCCAGACAUGCCGGCAUCUCGUUCAUCCGGGAGCGUUUCGGCCGCCCGACCGGCACACCCCCGCCUGCCUCCAUUUGGAAUCUUUGCGAAUGGCGGGAAUGGGGGGUCCCCAGAUGCUAAAUCUGGAUGAAAUUUUCCUGACGGAAGGUAUCCUGAGCCACGCCGCUCCUUCGAGGGUCGUGUUGCUAGGUUUUCGAAGUGCUGCUACGUCGAGUAUCGGCUUCACAGGUAGGAACUCCUCGCUGCUUUCACGUCGGAGACCUUUUCAGUGCCCCUUGUUCUCCCGGUGUCUUCCCUCCAGGCCUGCCUCGGGCUGUCCGGGUUUCCCACCUUAGCCGAGGGUCCGCACGAACCCAGCCUCCUUAAGCUUAUCGGCCCCGCCCUUACGCAGAGUUUCGGCCCCUCCCCACCGCACAGCCUAUCAGGACAUCCACCUCUUCACUUCCCCGGCCUGACCCGCAGUUACUGCCCCCUCCUGCGAAAGUAGAUUCUCGCUGCCCCGUUACAAGCAGAUACAUAAGGCCCCUAGGAUUAGCAUUGAGUUAGUAACUAUGGCCUAUCUACUGGUACUGCAUCAUCAUGAACUACUUAAUAAAGGUGGGGCAUUUCCUUUUCGUUUUCUUCAUCUUUGCGCAAAAAAAUCUAAGCGACAGUAAGGAUUUAGGUGUUUAUGUGAUGUAACGCGCACGCAGAUGAAAUUGCAAUUUGAAAUUGCAGGAUAAUCGUGUGAGGGGGCGCAGUCUUUGACCAGCUUGAUAAAUGCGAAGCUUCAGGGGCAGUCCAGUUCGAGAAUUUGCGGCAGUGGUGUGAGGGCGGGAUGAGAGAGCCACUGAACUUCAAUGCCCUGGACAGCAUUGUAUCAGCAGAUUGCCGCGGUGCAUCGACGGCCUCGCUGUUGAGGUGCGGCAGCCGCAACACGGGCGGUGCAACUGCAAGACCGCCUCCCGGAGUGGCCCCAGAGGAAACAAGUCAGCGUGAAUUCCCCCGGGCUUGGCGAGAUGGGCGCACACCGAUCCAUGCAAAGAUGCUGACGUCAGAAGAGUUACAAAUACUCUCCAGUAAGGAAAAGGAUCGGAAGACGGAGCGGAUGAAGGAAGAGGCAACCGCGAAAAGGCAAGCUACCUACCGUGUGCGCAUGUUAGAGCAACCGCCUUACCCGUUCUGGUUCAAGGCGGAGCGACCGUUUCAGCUAAAACAAACAUUGCCUGAGCCCGACGUCGAACAACCUUAG